GUCCGCUCGGCGCCCCCUCCCCCCGCGCGGGUGUCCCGCGCCUGCCCGUCCCCGGAGAUGUCCGAAGGCGAUGCUAAGCACCAGGGGCCUGCCGGGGCCGGGCCCGGCGCCGACCCGAAGCCCGAGGCCGCGGCGCCCGGCCUGACCUCGAUCUCGCCCGCCAUGGCGGCGGCGGCUCCGGAGGAGGAGGAGGAAGAGGAGGAGGAGGAGGAGAGCGAGGACGAGUCGGAGAUCCUGGAGGAGUCUCCCUGCGGACGGUGGCAGAAGCGGCGGGAGGAGGUGAAUCAGCGCAAUGUUCCAGGCAUUGACAGUGCCUACCUGGCCAUGGAUACAGAAGAAGGCGUGGAGGUGGUUUGGAAUGAAGUCCAGUUCUCUGAGCGCAAGAAUUUCAAGCUUCAGGAGGAGAAGGUCAAAGCAGUCUUUGACAACCUGAUCCAGCUGGAGCACCUGAACAUUGUGAAGUUUCACAAGUACUGGGCCGACGUGAAGGAGAACAAGGCCAGGGUGAUUUUCAUUACGGAGUACAUGUCCUCCGGCAGCCUGAAGCAGUUCCUGAAGAAGACGAAGAAGAACCACAAGACCAUGAAUGAAAAGGCCUGGAAGCGCUGGUGCACGCAGAUCCUUUCGGCACUCAGUUACCUCCACUCCUGUGAGCCCCCCAUCAUCCACGGCAACUUGACCUGUGACACCAUCUUCAUCCAGCACAACGGACUGAUCAAGAUUGGCUCUGUGGCCCCAGACACCAUCAACAAUCACGUGAAGACCUGCCGGGAGGAGCAGAAGAACCUGCACUUCUUCGCCCCGGAGUACGGGGAGGUCGCCCACGUGACCACAGCGGUGGACAUCUACUCUUUCGGGAUGUGUGCACUGGAGAUGGCCGUGCUGGAGAUCCAGGGAAACGGCGAGUCGUCCUAUGUGCCGCAGGAAGCCAUCAGCAGUGCCAUCCAGCUGCUGGAGGACGCCUUGCAGCGGGUAAGGCCUUCCCUCCCUGGGGCUGGCCCACGGCGUGGCCCCCCCCCCGCUUCCUCCUGCUCUGCCUCCCUCCCUCUCCCUCUCUCUCUCUCUCUCUCUCUCUCUCUCUCUCAGGAGUUCAUCCAGAAGUGCCUGGAGCCACAGCCCAGCAAGCGGCCCACUGCCCGGGAGCUGCUCUUCCACCAGGCUCUCUUCGAAGUGCCCUCCCUGAAGCUCCUGGCAGCCCAUUGCAUUGUGGGCCAUCAGCACAUGAUCCCCGAGAACGCCCUGGAGGAGAUGACCAAGGACUUGGACAUGAGCGCUGUGCUGGCGGAAAUCCACCAUGCCGACCGCGAGGGAGUCCGAAUGAUCUUCUCCCAGUCCCCGGCACUGGAGCUGGACAAGUUCCUGGAGGACGUGAGGAACGGCAUCUACCCGCUCACGGCCUUCGGCCUGCCCCGCCCUCAGCAGCCCCAGAAGGAGGUGGUGACCUCCCCCAUCGCCCCCCCCUCCGUCAAGACGCCAACGCCGGAGCCCGCGGAAGUGGAGACUCGCAAGGUGCUGCUGAUGCAGUGCAACAUUGAGUCGGUGGAGGAGGGCGUGAAGCACCACUUGACACUGCUGCUGAAACUGGAAGACAAGCUGAACCGGCACCUGAGCUGUGACCUGCUGCCCAGUGACAACAUCCAGGAGCUGGCAGCCGAGCUGGUCCAGCUGGGCUUCAUCAGCGAGGCUGAUCAGAGCCGGCUGAGCUGUUUACUUGAAGAAGCGUUCAGCAAGUUCUUCUACUCGCGGAACGGAGCGCUGGCGGCCGUCACAGUGUCGUCGUAGUGGCCCUGCUCUGCCUCCGCGCCGGGCGCUCCCCACCGGCCACCACCACCGCAACCCUUGCCGGCUCGGCUGUGCCUCCCGCUGCACUGCGGCCGGCCCCGCAGACAAUCGCCGCCACGGCGGGGGGCAAGGUGGGGAGGGGGCUGUGUGCCUUGUCAGUAUUAUUCCCCCCGUGGCCAAGGGCCUCCCCUCCCCUCCCCUCCCCUCGCGGACUCACCUGCAUGGAGUUCUCUUUUGCUUGAAUUGUACAGUUUUUGCACAGCAAUGAGAUGUCUGUCGUCUUAUUUAAGGAGGGAGGGAAAGGAGGAGAGCAGAGUCGGCUCCUGCCCCACCCCUCCCUGCCCCUCCACGUCACACCCCCCAGCUCCCCCCCACAGCCCCCCUCCCCAGCCGCCUCCCUUCUGCACCCCCCUCAGCUGUGCUGCUUGUCCCGGUUGCUCAGCGAGGGGCGCUUCCUGGGCCAUGGAGGAGGAUGGAGCCGCCGCACGCUCCAGCCACGGGAGGCCGCUGCGGCUGGCGUGUCCGCGUGGCUGAGCCUGCUCCGUUUCCUGCCAGCGUGUUGGCUGGGCGCCUGCAGACAGCCCUCCCCAUCACUGGCAGGGCAGGGGGCGAGCUGGUCACUGAAGCGCACCCCCUUUCUUGUGCGGGGCCUCCCCAAAUGUUGUUUCUGUUCCUGUUUUUAAUAAACUGUUUUGUAAAGAA